AUGGUCACUCGUCGCUACUUCUUUCUACUAGGGCCACUGGUCAUAUUCCUUGUCAUUCUCUCUCUCUACCAUCCGCCGAAUCCCCUGUCAGCUCCCAGCCUUGUACAACCGAUUCCCACUGUGAAUGAAUCUUCCUCUAGACCGGACGAAACAGUCUUCAAGCCAGGUCAUGCGAAACCAGCGGGUGCCAAUUACAGCCGCAUCUUGGUUUUGGGGAAGCUGAAGAGUGAAGACACCUCUUGGAUAGAGCACGAGUUGCCUGAUCUACAGACAGCGAUCUAUGUGGUCGAUGAUGACUUCGCCACGUUAAGAGUCCCUAAGAAUAAAGGUCACGAAGCAAUGGUGUACUUGACCUACAUCAUUGAUCACUAUGACACCCUCCCCGACACGUCCCUGUUCUUUCACUCUCACAAGAGCACUUGGCAUAACAACAUCCUCCUCAACCUCGAUACUGCCUUUACCAUCGAAAGCCUCAGUGAUGCUCGAGUCGCACGGGAAGGAUACUUCAAUGCCCGCUGUCACCAUGACCCUGGUUGCCCUGACUGGCUACAUCUCGACAGGCCGGAGGAGGAAUGGGAUCUAGUGAAGAAGACUGAAGAAAGAUAUUUCACGAGCGAUCUUUGGCAAGAAUUGCAUCCUGGAGCUCCAUUUCCAGCGUCGAUAUCACAACCGUGUUGCGCGCAAUUCGCGGUGUCGAAGGAGCGCAUCCGCACCAUACCGCUAUCUCAGUACGUUCGGUAUCGAGAAUGGCUCUUAAACACGGAUCUAGAGGACGAAAUAUCAGGUAGAAUCAUGGAGUAUACGUGGCAGUAUAUUUUCGCGGGAGUGUCGGAGUUCUGUCCCGCAAUGCAUGUCUGCUAUUGUGAUGGGUAUGGAGCUUGUUUUGGUGGCGCACAGCAACUGCAGGAUUGGAUGGACAUAUUAAAGAGAAGGGAAGUGUCUGAUACGGAAAUUAGUGUGUUAUUGGAUGCUGGUGACCAGGAUUCGGAAUCAUUAAAGUUUUUGCGAAAACAGAGUGAUGAGUUGAACAAAGAGCUCAGCGCUCGAAAAGAGGAGGCAUUUAGACGAGGUGACGACCCCAGAAAUCGCGCUGCAGAAGCUGGUAGGGAGUGGAAGGAGGGGGACGGAUUUUAG